CACGCAUUAUAAGACAGGAUGGCCGGGCUGCCUCGCAGGAUAAUCAAGGAAACCCAGCGUUUACUGGCAGAGCCAGUCCCCGGAAUUAAGGCUGAGCCAGAUGAAAACAAUGCUCGCUAUUUCCAUGUGCUUAUCGCUGGUCCACAGGAUUCCCCCUUUGAGGGAGGGACAUUUAAACUUGAAUUAUUUCUUCCGGAAGAAUACCCAAUGGCAGCGCCUAAAGUACGUUUCAUGACCAAAAUCUAUCACCCUAAUGUAGACAAGUUGGGAAGAAUAUGUCUAGAUAUUUUGAAAGAUAAAUGGUCACCAGCUCUGCAAAUCCGUACCGUGCUCCUAUCAAUUCAGGCUUUGUUAAGUGCUCCCAACCCAGAUGACCCAUUAGCCAAUGAUGUAGCUGAGCAGUGGAAGACAAAUGAAGCCCAAGCCAUAGAAACAGCCAGAGCAUGGACUAGGCUACAUGCUAUGAAUAAUAUUUAAAUUCGGCUUGAUCUUCAAGUGCACAUCAUUUCUCCUGUUCUGCCAAGACCUCUUCCCUUUAUUUUUGUUUUGUUUUUGUUUGUGUUUAAUGGACACAGUCUUAAUAAAAUAUAUGGAAUAAAAAGCCCAGACAUGGUCAUCUUUGGUGAUUAAAUGCACAUUAGCAAAUAAUAUGUCUUGUUCUAAUUCACUGUUGUAUCGCAUGCGCAGAGGCUGUAAUCCAUCGUGUCAGCAUGUUCCACAAUGUUCAAAGGGGUGGCAAAAGUUCUUGAUGUCCAUUAUACCCAUCAUGAUUUGAGUAUGAGCACUGUGAAUGAAGGUAGAGUUAGGUUAGUUGCUGAAACAGUUGGGUUUUUUUUUUUAAUUUUUAAGAUAAAACAACUAUUUGUUUGGCUCUGUUAACUUUAAAACAAUGUGUCAUUGCCCCUCCCUUUCUUUUUAGAUGCACUUUUGUUUUUGCAUUGGUCAAAUCUGUAUUCAAAGUAACAUGUACUUGCACCCCAUCCUCCCUUCCCCUGUAGGAACGAUUUAUUAAACAGAGAAUUAGAGAUGAUUCUAAAAAUCCAUCCAUGAAGCAGAGAAUGCUUAUAUCAUAACAUUUUUUGUUUUAUACACUGUAUAUUUACAUUCAUCAAAUUUCUAAGGAAAUGUCAGCAUUGUACCAAGUUAAUGAAGCCUAACAUGUUUGCAUUGAAUUUACCCUUUUUAUUAUUGUCUUUAAUGUGUUUGGUAGCAGCUAACCUGCGCUUUGUGUAUAUGCUCUUAGCCAGCUACUUCAGACCAAGUAGAUGGGAGGGGCUUGUUUGAAGAAAAAUGCGAAAAUGUAUUUAAAAAAAACAAAAAAAAAAAACUUUCACUAAUCUCUUCCUUAAAGUGUUAGAACAUUCAGAGCAUGUGACCAUUUUAUAUGGCUUGUCUUGAAAAUCUGUAAAUCUUAUGUUUUAGUAAAAUAUUUUUUGUUA